AUGCAGUCGUUUUGGAGAGCUCGUAAGAUCGACGAGGUGACGUCAGAUGACGAUAAGAUCGCUCCCGUGUAUCGGCUGGACGAGAUAUGCUCGGACGUGCAGUCGAGCCCAUCGGAGGUGGUGAAGGAGGUGGUUGACUACAUCAUGCAGCGCCUCAACCACUCUUCGCCCUUCGUCAAGCAAAAGGCGCUGCGGCUGAUUAAGUACACGGUCUCGCGGGCAGGCACGGAGUUUCGGCGCAGCAUACAGCGCCACUCCGCCACCAUCAAGGGCAUGGUCCACUAUCGCGGACAGCCCGAUCCGUUAAGAGGCGACGCGCCCAACAAGGCGGUCCGGGAGGCGGCGCAGGAGGCGGUGCAGGCGAUCUUCAACCCGCAGAACGAUAUCAAGCCAGGCGCAGGCGCCACGGGCGUCAGUGGCGGCGGCGGCAGUGCCUCUACCGGAGGCGGCUAUAACGGGUAUGGGCCCAGUGGCGGGAUGGAAGGCGGGCGGCGUCGCAUGGAGGGAUUCGGAAGCACCCCGGCGAGGGGAGACGGGGGUGCUGGGGGCGGCGGAGGGGGGAGGGGCGGCGGAGGAGGAGGGGGAGCAGGGGGGAUCGGCGCAGUGUUGGGUGUGAGUAGCGAGUCGAUUCGGCAGGGGAUUAGCAAGCUGGCGGGCGCGGUGGGGCAGGGAGCAGGAGGCGCGCGGGGGAAGGCGGGCGGGGGGGAGUUUGAAGAAGCAGCAGGCGGGGGGAGCUACGUUGGGCCGCGGUUGGACUCGGUUGGGGGCGGUGGGGAUGCGUACGGGUAUGGAGGCAGCAGCGGGUAUGGGGGCAGCGGGUACCGACAAGGAAGCGGGUACGGACAAGGAGGCGGGUCGUCUGGUGCGUCCAAGUACGUGGGGUUUGACCGGCAGGGACGCACGUUCGACGCGUCUACCAACUCAUACACGCCUGCUGCGGCGCCUGCGGCUUACUCUGGCGCGGGGAGGGACAGAGAGUAUGGGUCCGAUCGAGGGUACAGAGCAGGGGGGGGCUAUGGUGGUGGGGGAGGGGGAGGGGGAGGAGGAGGGCCGUAUGGUAGUGGAGGGGGUGCAUAUGGCGGUGGGGGCGGGGGGGGAUAUGGAGGGGGGGGUGCGGAAGAGGACAGAGCGGGGGGAGGGUGGGGCGACGGGGGGCAGCAAGGGGAGGGACGCACUGAGGCGAGUGCUUGGGGAGGGGCGUCUGGGUCUGGGGACGGGAUGAGCGGAGGAGCAGGCGGAGGGGCGGGGGGGGGCGGGGCGAGCAGUGAGGAGGAGAGACUGGUGGAGGGCAUGACUGGGGCGGGCGGGGUGCGACUGCAGCCGACACGCGAGGCGCUGAGGGGCUUCAUUGCCAGCCUGCCUAAGCUGAACGCGGGCGCCGUGGCUCAGGCGCUGGAGGCUCGUCUUCUCAGCAACCUGUGGCAGACGCGGCUGAAGGCCAUGUGCGUGGUGGAGGCAGUGGUGAGGCAGGAGGGCGACCCACAGUGUGACGCCAUUUAUGACUUCUUCGCUGACAACCCCCAUGCGCUGCACGAGAAUGUGGAGUCGCCCCAGACUUCCCUCAGAGACAAGGCCAGACGGGUGCUUGACCUCUUGGGCCUGCGGCACCAGCAAGGGGGGCAGCCAUCCCCGCACACACUGCCAGCAGCAGCAGCAGUUGUUGUGCCUGACUUAAUCGACGUGGGGGAGGGGGGCGAGGUGGAGGGAGGAGAGGGAGGAGAGGGAGGCGAGGGCAGAGCAGCGGAGGUAGGGGCAAUAGCGAGUGGUGAUUUGUCUGGUUCGCAAGCGGCUGGUGUGACUGGAGUAGAAGACUUGCUAGGAGGGGAGAGCAUGGACCCGUUUGCCUCUCUGAAUGCCGCUUCUCCUCCUCCUACUGCUCCUGCCGCUGUACCUCCGUCUGCCCCCGCUACAGCCACUACAGCUGCUACGGCUGUAGCACAGGAUCCGUUUGCAGGUCUGUCUAGUGACCUCACAGCACAUACGGCCGACCUCUUUCAAGGCAUGGUGGGAGGGCCGGGGGGGAUGGUGGGUGCUGCGAAUGGGGGAGGGAGGGUGGGAGGUGACUUCGAUUUCUCGGGUGAUCCCACGCUGCGCCCGGCUCCUCCUACUGCUUCCACAAAGGAAGACUCGCACGCGUUUGACUUUGUGUCGGAGCACAUAGUGGCAGCCAUGAGCACGAAGAAGGGGCCACCAGCUUCAGCCAUGCGCUCGUCAUAA